AACAACUAAGAACCUUCUAAAGCCGACUCCUUUACUUUUCUUUCUCUUCUUUACAAUGAUUAAUUUUUUUAAAAUUUUUACAAAUAUUAAUCACUAAUUGAUCUAGGGUUUUCCCUGUUCAUUCUUGUGUAUAUCUUUUAAUUUGUCGCCUAAAAGACUCCGGAAUUGAAGAAAGGGUUUUGGAGAUUUGAGGAACAGCGAAGGAGCUGUGUCAGACUGUUGUACUUAAGGGAUGCUGUAAAAAGUUGCACCAGAAAUCCGAGGGGAUAAUUUGCUCCCAUGGUUGAUAUGCAGGGUAUGGUGAUUAAACCAGCGGCUCCUUAACACUGAAUAAAGGGAAGUAAAAAAAGGGUGCUUUCGCUAAGAUGUUGGCAAAGAGUGAUAUGUUUGCAGGAGGGUAUUAUUGUGGCCCAUAUAAGCCUCCUGGUGAAUCAGAAGGAUCUGGUAGCUUGGGACGGACUGAUACUGGGAUUGCUGCUUCAGAAGAUUCAAGUGCCCCAACGAGGAAAUGUAUCAGUUUGAACCCUGAUAAAUGUGACACUUUUGGUGUCGCUAUACGAGUGCUUUCCUUGUCAAACAUGUCACAGUCCAAACGAAAGGAUUUGAUACAUAGGUUGAGACAUGAAUUGAAGCAGAUACAGAUGCUUCAGAAGAAAGUUGAGUUGCAAAGGACAAACGGGGUUACUGUGUCUGUGUCAUCUUCCAGUGAUAUUUUUAGUUAUACCGGUGGGCAAAUUGUAUCUCAUGUACAGGAUUUUCAGAAAUCAUCUAGGCCAGGGAAGAAAGGGAAUCCAUUGAGUGGCACUGGCAAGGGGUGCUGGCUGAAUCGAGGUUCUUCUGGAAAAAUCGAGUCUACAAAACAUGCUUCAGCAGCAAAAACUGCUAAUAUUAUCUUGAUGAAGCAAUGCGAGGGUCUGCUAAAACGAUUGAUGGGCCAUCAGUGUGGGUGGGUCUUCAACCAACCAGUAGAUAUAGUGAAGUUGAAUAUUCCAGAUUAUUUUACUGUUAUAAGACACCCAAUGGAUCUUGGAACAAUUAAAAAAAAGAUAGCUUCGGGUGCAUAUGCAAGCCCGUUGGAGUUUCAUGCUGAUGUGAGGCUUACUUUCAGCAACGCAAUGACUUAUAAUCCCCCUAGUAAUGAUUUCCACGUUAUGGCUGAUACCCUUAACAAGUUUUUUGAAGUGAGGUGGAAAAAUAUUGAGAAGAAACUACCAGGUACUGGUGCCCAGUUUUUACAAAGUAAAGCUCCUGCUGAGGACCUGGAAAUUUCUAAGACAAUGCCUCCUGCAAAAAAGAGGAAGACAACCUCAGUGACCCAAGAAAAUAUACAGGAGUCUAUAAAGAGAAUGACAGAUGAGGAAAAGCACAAUCUAGGCAGAGAACUGGAAUCUUUACUCACUAACAUGCCUAUGCAUAUCAUUGAUUUCUUGAGGGAGCACGGUUCAAAUGGAAGGGAAUCUGGAGAGGAAGAAAUGGAGAUUGAUAUUGACGAACUCAGUGAUGAUACCUUGUUCAAAUUGCGAAAGCUUUUAGACCACUAUUUGCAAGAGAAACAGAAAAACCGAUUGAGAGCUGAACCUUGUGAAAUUGAGCUAUUAUAUGAAUCUGGACUAAGUAAUUCAUCUAUGCAACAAGGCAAAGGGAAUGACCUGGCUGAUGAGGAUGUUGACAUUGGGGGAAAUGAGCCUCCUGUGUCAAGCUAUCCACCUGUGGAGAUAGAGAAGGAUACAUGCCAUAUAAGUGCAAAGUCUGUCUGUUCUGGCCGCACUAGAGAUUCAGACUCUGGCAGUUCUUCGUACAAUGAAUCGGAUGGUGCUAAAGCUUCAAGUCCAGUGGAUGCACUGAAGGUACUGGAAGCUGUAGAUUCUGAAGCUCAAUUAAAUGAAAACACAAGUGUUGACAAUCCUCUUGAUAGGAAUCAAUGUGUUAGUAGAUUUGAUCAGCUUGAGCUGACUUCUCAGCCAAAGCCAAGUUCUGUUGAGUUGGAUGGUCUCCAAGAUGGGGACAGUGCUCCAACUGAGAGACAGAUUUCUCCUGAGAAACUCUACAGGGCUGCUUUAUUGAAGAAUCGAUUUGCUGAUACCAUUCUAAAAGCUCGGGAGAAGACACUUACACAGGGUGACAAAGGGGACCCUGAUAAAUUGUGCUGGGACAGAGAGGAACUUGAACAGCGAAGGAAGAAAGAAAAGGCACGGUUACAAGCAGAAGCCAAGGCUGCUGAAGAUGCUCGAAGACGAGCUGAAGCAGAAGCUGCAGUUGAGGCCAGACGGAAGAGGGAGCUUGAGAGGGAAAAAGCACGGCUUGCAUUGCUGAAGAUGGAAAAGACUGUUGAAAUCAAUGAGAAUUUUAGGUUUCUUGAAGACUUAGAAAUGCUUAGAGCUGCCCCCGCCGAGCAAUUGCCUAGCUCAGUGGACGAGACAAGCCCGGAUCAUUCUCAGGAUGGCUUGGGUAGUUUCAAGUUUGGGAGCAGCAACCCCUUAGAACAACUGGGUUUGUACAUGAAGGAGGAUGAGGAUGAGGAAGAGGAAGAGGAAGAGGAAGGUGAGCCUGCUAGUGUUUCAAAUCCUGUUAAUGAUGUGGAAGAGGGAGAAAUAGAUUAAAACUGUUCCUGUCUAUCUUGAAACUAGUCGAGGAGAAAAGAAGAGAAUAGAAAAUUAUAUAUAUAUAUAUAUAUAUAUAUAUAUAGAUCCUUGAAAAAUCUUGCCGGGGUAUUAAAGUUCCUCUUGAAAUAUAAUGCAAAGAGGUGCAAGAGAACUUGUGUUGGUUUUAUGGGAGCCAGAGACAGAUUAACAAUGGUGGCAACAUGGUUUGUUGUAUUAUGUAAUUACAACUACAAGUACUAGAAUUUCAUUUUAAAUUUUAUUGCUAUUAAUAUUACAUGAUUACCAAA